AUGGAAAAAGCAGGUCUCACUUUUGAGGAGCGACAGGAACUUGGUAACGGCUGUAAAGCUCUCGUUCCUGGGUUGGACCCCUCUUACGGCUAUGUCCCAUCCCAAGCCUCAGGAAUCAUCUUCGUCGUUCUAUUUGGACUUUCCACGAUCGGGCAUAUCUAUUCCUCUAUCAAGGGAAAAAACUACUGGUAUUUGUGCUUUGCCAUCGGCACUAUUGCUGAAGUUAUCGGAUGGGGAGGAAGGCUAUGGUCUUCUUCGUGCCCUUAUAAUGACAAUGCUUUCUUGAUACAAAUCUCUACUCUCAUCUUCGCUCCCGCAUUCUUCACUGGUGCUAUCUAUUACCUUCUCAAACAGUUCAUCGAUGUUACGGGUCGCCAAUACUCUUUAAUCCCACCCAAACUCUAUCUCUGGAUAUUUGUCAGCAUUGAUAUCAUAUCUCUCGCCAUCCAGGCCGCAGGCGGUGGUAUUGCCUCUUCAGCUUCAAAUAAGCCAGGCGGCGACCCAAGCACUGGAUCCAACAUUAUGGUUGGUGGUGUCAUUUUCCAAAUGGCCUCUAUCACGGUCUUCUGUUGCUUCUAUGGGGCUUUCUUGUGGAAAGCUCGCAACGUUCAGCUCGAAAAAUCGAUCAUGAGGUUGACGUAUGCCACCAUUCUCAGUGUCACUUGCAUCUACAUCCGAAGUAUCUACAGAACCAUUGAAUUGUUGGAGGGUUGGGAUGGUUAUCUCAUUACCACUGAGCGAUUUUUCAUCGCCCUCGAUGGUGUAAUGAUGGCCAUUGCUGUUAUCAUUUACAACUUUGUGCAUCCCGCCAUCCUCCUUCCAAGCCCAGGUGAACAGAAGAGACUCGAGGGAUUGGGUAGUGACGAGGAGGGCAGUCGCAUGCAGAAUAUGGGGAAGCGUGGUGAUGCUUAG